AUAAAAUCUAAAAAAAAAACAAAAACAAGGCAGUGCCCUUCCAUGACCCUCCCCCACCCCCUCAAGGACCGUACAGCACAUUUCAGGGUCUUUGUCACCCUCAGGGACAUCCACCUCUGUGUCUCAUUGCUUCUCUAGGGCCUGUCCACUUCCUAAUAGCUGCACCCCACACCACUCGCACCAGGACCUCUGAGAUCUGCUCCCUCCCUUCCACGGUCCUCGAUUUGGGCUGCAUUUUCCCCUCCAAUCCCUUGACCCCCCUUCUGGCCUACCUCGCCUCUCUUUCCUGCACCUGCAAACUCAGGCAACUGCCGAUUCUUCACCGAUGGUCCCUUGAGAACAUCGGCUUCCUGCCCUUCCAGCAGAUGUGCCUUCUUAGAGCCAUCGGGCUGAGUCUCAGCAUCUGUUUUCCCAGAGUCCAGCCCUGCGUGCACACAGAGCCUCAACUGGCCCUCAGUGUUGCUCCUCUGCCUUUGCGGUCACCGCCAGGGAGCCUCCCAUUGCAUGGUUCUGGAACCUUCCCCACGCUCCUUCCUCCCGUGGCUGAGCCCAUUAUAGACUCCUUGAGCUUCCUUCCUUCCUUCAGUCCAGAACUGCUUUGGUUACCUGUCUGCUUCCCUCCCCGAUCCCUCCGGACGGUCGCUCCCCUUCCUCUCUGUAAGUGUCCUCCCCGCUCUGGUCACAGUCAGACUCCUGGCCCGCAGCCCGUCGGCUGUAAGGUCCGGGAGCAGACUCGGGGCCUGGGUUGGUGGGCGCAGGUGGCAAGGAAGGCACAGAAGCAGCAGGGAAACGGGCCAGCUCUGAACCGUGUCCACCUCUGCAGAAAAGCCAUCCCCAGCCCCGUGGCCUCAGUCUCCCCUCACGCUCGGUCAGUGCUCUUCCCUCCCAGACGUCCCAGUCUGUCCCCGGACUGGUCCUCGGCGGUCCUUUUCUCUCCUGCUGUUCACAUGCUCGGCAGUGGCCAUGCCCAAGGCCUGGACCAUUCAUUCUCCAGGGCCCAGGACCCCAGACCCAGCAGCUCCAGCUCGCCCCGCAGCCCCAUCGCUGCGCCCUGCCAUGGCCUCCCAGGCAAUGCUUGUGAAGUCGAACUCCGCCUCUCCCCACUCUACCCACCAAAACACAAUCCCUUCCUGAGGCUUUUCUCUGGAAACGUCCCUUCUCCCUCAGACCCCAGGGCAGCCCUUGUUGUCUCCUGCCUAAAGGUUUGUGACAGCCCCUCACAGCCUUCCACGCAAACACCGGUGCCACAGAACUCUUCAGCCAUCACUUCUGGGGUCCCUCCGGAUUUUUCGUCAUGCCUUAUUGCCGACACAGGAGUUUCUAGUCUCUUCCUGAGGAAGUCUUUUAGCUUUCUCAUCACUCAAGUGUGGUCGUCAAUAUUCUGGUCCUAAGUUCCUCUCCACAGACAUGUUCCCACCCACCUCUACUACGGUCUUCUCUUCAUCUCCACAUAUGGCUUAUGCUCUCCCCGGGCCCUCUUCUCCCCCUAACCAGAUACAGUCAGUCCUCUCUGCUUCUCCGUGGAAGGAAAACUUUUUCCAAAAUCUCGAGUCUGUGCUCUCACUCCCACUGACCUGCCGGGGCCCAGCUCAACCCCACAGCCGUCGUGUCCAGGAUCUCCUGAGUCUGUGCCGGUGCCAGAUACGUGGCCCCGACUUCCCCAGGCGCUUCUAGGUGUCAAGCUGCCCAUCGUAAUUUCCGGUCAGGAUAAUAAGGGCAUCUGUCUCUCACAGCCGUUUGAAAACCAUUCUCCUCCUUUAUGUUACCUCAUGUUCUCUAUCUUCCUUGUCUUGUAUUCGAAUCCCACAUGUUAAUGCCUGACUCCCCCAACCUGGUAAACAGAGACCAGGAGGUUACACACAAGGAAAUACAUAUUUCCCACAGCACAGGUCCUGCCCUAGUAAGGAUUUGAUGAAUUAACUUUGAGCAGAAUGUGCCACUCUAAAUACUUUUAUUAUCCGCAGUUGGAUUCUUUAUUAUCUGUGGCGUGACCAGCUGCGUCC